GGAACGAACGAAGCUGAGAGCCGAGCAGGAAGGAAAAUUAACGAAGGCAGGAGAGGCUUUGAAUGCUAACAAGCGUUAUAGCUUUAACUACAAUAGUAGCCGCCGUUGUUUAGCCUAAAAGGUGAAGAGUUUUUUUUGUUGUGUGCCGAAAACAUCAAACGAUGGAGUCGGCGAACUAGUAGCCAACCACGAUUGCAAAAACCCAACACCUGGUAACCCGCCGAACUUGGAGAGCAAGCAAAGGCUAUGCGCCAGCUGCAGAAUUCACCAUCAUCAUCAUCAUCGGUGCCGCUACCUUCAUCUUUUUCAGUUGAAGUGAAAUGUAUUGCCUAGUCUGUAUGGGAGACGGAUCUUACACUUACUGACCAUUACCAUGGAGAUAGAGAAUAUAGUCGCCAACACGGUGCUGCUGAAGGCGAGAGAAGGUGGAGGAGGGAAGAGGAAUGGGCGCAGUAAGAAAUGGAAGGAGAUGUUGAAACUUCCCCACAUCAGUCUGUGUGAAGAGCUUCGCCUCACCAUCGACAGGGACUAUACCAGUCUGUGUGAGAGACAGCCGAUUGGUCGAUUGCUGUUCCGUCAGUACUGUGACACCAGGCCAGAGCUCAAACGUUGCAUCGAGUUCAUGGACUCUGUGGCCCUGUACCAGCUCGCUCCGGAUGAGAAGAGGAAGGACUGUUUAAUACAGAUUAUUGAGCUGUUUAAUAACUCGGCAGCCCAUCUGCGAGAUAUACCGCAGGAGUUGGUAGGGGAGUGUCGUGAGAAGCUGGAACAGACGCCCUGCAAGGAACUCUUCAACGACUGCUGCAAUAUUGUUCGGGAGUACCUGAGUGGCGCUCCGUUCUCGUCCUACCAGGAGACGAUGUACUUCUCUCGCUUUCUGCAGUGGAAGUGGCUGGAGAGGCAACCAGUAACCAAAAAUACCUUCAGGCAUUACAGAGUACUAGGAAAAGGUGGAUUUGGUGAGGUGUGUGCCUGUCAGGUCCGGGCCACUGGUAAGAUGUACGCCUGUAAAAAGCUGGAGAAGAAGAGAGUGAAGAAGAGAAAAGGUGAAGCCAUGGCACUAAACGAAAAACGCAUUUUAGAAACCCCAGAGGUGAUCCAGAAUGAGUCCUACUCCUUCAGUCCUGACUGGUGGGGUCUGGGCUGUCUGGUGUUUGAGAUGAUCCAGGGUCAGUCGCCCUUCCGCCGGCGUAAAGAACGAGUGAAGAGAGAAGAGGUGGACAGACGAGUGCGAGAAGAUCCCGAGGAAUACUCUGACAAGUUCUCUGAGGAGGCCAAGGAUAUCUGCAGACAGCUGCUGGCCAAAGACCCCAAAGCCCGUCUGGGGUGCCAGGGGCUGGGCGGUGUGGAGGUGAAGGCUCAUAUCAUCUUCAAGAACAUCAACUUCAAACGCCUCGAGGCAGGCAUUCUGGAACCCCCCUUCAGUCCUGAUCCGCGGGCGGUGUACUGUAAAGAUGUUCUGGAUAUAGAACAGUUCUCUACAGUGAAGGGAGUCAACCUGGACCCCACAGACGAUGACUUCUACCACAAGUUUGUUACAGGAAGUGUCUCCAUACCCUGGCAGAACGAGAUGAUUGAGAUGGAGUGUUUUAAGGAGAUCAACGUCUAUGAGACCGAGGGCCUGCUGUGUUCAGAUCUGGAUGUGAACAGACCCAACCCACCGCCAAAGAGAGGAUUCUUCUACAGGCUGUUCAGACGAGAGGUCUGUUUAAAGAGUGGCUACGAAGACGAAGAGCACGAGGAGCCUUCCCGACUUUAAACCACUCCUGCUCUCCCUCCUCCUCCUCCUGCUCUCCCUCCUCCUGCUCCUCCUCCUCCUCUCCCUCCUCCUGCUCCUCCUCCUCACCCUCCUCCUCCUCCUGCUCCUCCUCCUCCUGCUCCUCCUCCUCCUCUCCCUCCUCCUCCUCUCCCUCCUCUCCCUCCUCUCCCUCCUCCUCCUCCCCCUCUCCCUCUUCCUCCUCCUCCUCCUCUCCCUCCUUCCUUCUUCAAACGCAUCCAGAGCGUUAAAAUGUUAGGAACUCGAUGAAUGUUAAACCUGUAUUUAUGAUAUGUAUUAAAAAGUGUAAUUAUAAUAAUUAAAAGAAAAACAUAUGAGUUUAAAGAUUUUGUACAUUUGUACUUGAAUUGUGUCCUAGAUGUAUAUUUUCACCAAAAGGUGUAUUGUAUAAAAGCCAUAUUAAGUACCA